AUGGAGGCGCAACGCUGUGGAAUGGCACCCCACGGUGUCUUUGAAGAUGAAACAAUGCGGCUUCGACAGCUAAAACUGGACAAUCAGAGAGCGCUGCUGGAGAAGAAGCAGAGAAAAAAGCGCCUUGAGCCACUCAUGGUGCAGCCAAACCCUGAAGCCAGGCUGCGUUGGUCCAAGCCAAGGGGUAGUGAGGAUCAGACUCCUUUGGUGGAUCCCUGUCCCCCUCACAGCGAUGUCAUCCUGCACGGCAUUGAUGGGCCAGCCGCCUCCCUGAAGCCAGAUGCCCAAGAGCUGGAAACCAAAAUUCAUGUUCUCUCCGUAGGCUCUGCUGCUACGGAAGAAGAGACUAAAGGCAGUGCUGAUGGGGAGAGCACUUUGGAGACCGUUCCCAAGCCAGAUCUGCAGGAAAUUCUUCAAAAACACGGUAUUUCAAGCAGUUUGAACUUUGAUGAGGAAGAAAGUGAUGGUGAAGAGGAAGGAAAAAAAUCAAGUCCCCAUUCCCCACAUUCAGAAACAGGAAGACCCAAUUCUGCGUCCAGCCAGAAAUCAGCCAAGGAUACAGGUGCUUCCGGAACUGCUGCCCAACAGGCUGAGCAGCAGCUGGGGGAUGUGGAGAACCUGGAGGAGUUUGCGUACAGCCCUGCCCCUCGGGGCAUCACCGUGAAGUGCCGGGUGACGCGGUACAAGAGAGGAGUGGAUCAGGGGCUCUUCCCCACCUACUACAUGUUCUUGGAAAAAGGUGAAAAUCAGAAGACGUUUCUUCUUGCAGGUAGAAAACGGAAAAAGAGCAAAACCUCCAACUACCUGAUCUCUACCGACCCAACAAAUCUGUCUCGGGAAGGAGAAAGUUACAUUGGCAAGCUCAGAUCCAACCUCAUGGGGACCAAGUUCACAGUCUACGAUCAUGGUGUCAACCCCAUGAAGGCGCAGGGUCUGGUGGAGAAGGUGCACGCCCGGCAGGAGCUGGCCGCCGUCUGCUACGAAACAAAUGUGCUUGGAUUCAAAGGCCCCAGGAAAAUGUCUGUGAUCAUUCCUGGGAUGAAUAUGAAUCAUGAACGGAUCCCGUUUCAGCCACGAAAUGACCACGAGAGCUUGCUUUCUAAGUGGCAGAACAAGAGCAUGGAGAACCUGAUUGAACUACACAACAAGGCCCCCGUGUGGAACGAUGACACUCACUCGUACGUCCUGAACUUCCACGGCCGGGUCACCCAGGCGUCUGUCAAGAACUUCCAGAUAGUCCACGCCAAUGACCCCGACUACAUCGUCAUGCAGUUUGGACGCGUGGAGGAUGACGUGUUCACCCUGGAUUACAACUACCCACUGUGUGCCCUGCAGGCCUUUGCCAUCGGGCUGUCUAGCUUCGACAGCAAGCUGGCCUGUGAAUGAAGGCAUGGCAGCAGAGGGGUGGCCCUGCCCUCGACCUCACCCUUUGCCUGGGAUGUGAAGAGCCAUGGCCUUUCCUUCUGGAACAAGCUCUGAAUGUACAUGUGUGUAUAUGUGUCUACACAUAUGUGUGUACAGUGCACACACACACACACGUGUUGGCACACGCACACUGCUCCUCUGGGUUCUACAGACUUGCCAGGGCUCCUGGCUGGACCUGGGUGAGAGACGGCUGACAGCACAGAGGUUCAGGUUUGCAGAACACAGAUGGUUCCUGCAGUUACUGUCCGACAGACCGCAUGCCCCAAGUGUAAGAUUUCCCAUGCCUGGAAAGCCGCAGCACCAUCAGAUCCUCGUGAUGGAACUCAUGGCAUCUCUCUCUCUUUCUGAAGACCUUUUCAGAGAGCGAUGGUUCCCCCUAAGUUGCCUUCAGUCCCCAGGGAUGGGGUUCUCACACUUUCCUGUGCACAAGCAACUCAGCUGCCCCUCCUCUGCCUUGGGAAUACAGAAGCAGCCACAGACAAGCCACAAAGGAAAGAUCCAGUGGAAGGAAGCAUCAGUGACCUCAGGAAAAGACCGUAGAUUGCUUAAAGCUGAGGGACUGCUGAUGGAACAGUCUGGAAAAAAAUGGAGAACCUUCUACACUGUGGAAAGAACAGGACCUCAAAGCUGCUUUUCCCUAAUCACUGUGUAGAGAUUUUUUUAA